AUGUCGGCGCCUACUUCCCCUCGUCCUCUCAAGAGGGACCACGUCACCUUCCAACUUCAGCAGUCCCACGAAUCCCAGCACCAGACGCAAGACCUCGAAGAGCCCGGCUCCGUGCCCGCAGAUUUCCUUGUGAGACCCGCGGCCCAGGAACAACCCAAGCAGAGCCAGGAAUCGCUGCCCACGCCACCGAUCUUGGAAGGAAGUAAGAAGAGGCAAGGAAGUGUGGUUAGGAGCGAGACGGGCAGUUUGACGGACGCUGCGAGUGCGACGCCGAGCAGAGAUCCAAGUCCUGCUCCGGCUGCACCAUCCCAAGCAGUAUUCCCACGUACGAUGGGGCCGGCCUCUUCGCCACUGGGAGAUCCAGCAGCGACCGGAUCGACGUUCGCAGCUACGACAAGCCAGCCGCCGGCGAAGAAGCCGAAGAUGAGCUUCCAGGAGAAGGACCUCAAGCGCAUCAAUAAGGAGAUCAGGGAUCGAGAGAGGGCUGAGGAGAAGCUACGCAAGGAGGCCGAAAAGUUGAAGAAGGAGGCCGAGAAGCAGGCGCUUGCGGAGGAGAAAGCACGCAAAGAGGCUGAGAAGGAGGCCGAGAAGAAGAGAAAGGAGGCCGAGAAGGCCGAGAAGAAGGCUGCUCAGGAGGCCGAGAGGGCUGCCAAGGAAGAGAAGCGGAAGCAGAAGGAAGAGGAGAAGAAGAAGAAGGAUAAGGGCCAGAUGAAGCUAGGGAACUUCUUCAACAUCCCGGCCAACCCAAAGACCCGAGCAUCGAGUGUCGAGAGCCACGGGAGGACCUCAAUGAGUCCUGCUCCGCAAUCCGGUGAUCUUAGUGCAGCUUCUGUGGAGAUUCCGUACAAGACGCCCAGCAAGCCGGAGAAGACGCCGUACGAAAAGAUGUUUCUUGACUUUUUCGUCCAGGACGGAGUCACACUGGCACCCGCAAACAGAUUCAAGCGGGAUGAGGAGGGUAUUGGAGCUAUCGAGAAAACCAUCGAUGCUUAUAUAUCCGGCCAUCGGAGCCCAGGUCGCCAACGUACCUUCGAUGCAGCCUCCUUGUUCCACUUGCCAUUGAACGUACCUCGAGGCAGACGAUGCAUGCCAGUGCGGGAGAUUAUGUCACGAUCGUAUGCUGCUGGCAGUUCGGCGAAACCCAUGGACCUCACAACCGACUCUCAAACGUCACAGAUCAACAAGACGCGCGAUCUGCUGAGCAAGGUCCCCUUGAAGUUUUUGAAGUUUCAGGAGGAUGUCAGACCCCCGUAUCGAGGUACAUAUACCAGCUGGCCUAUCCACGGUAUGACGAAGCUGGCUCGGAACCCUUUUAGGAGAGACCUGCCUGAUACCAACUACGAUUACGACAGCGAGGCUGAGUGGGUUGAGGAUGAGGACGCCGAAGAUCUGAAGAGCGAGGAUGAAGAGGAAGAGGCCGAUGACGAUGACGAGGAUAUGGACAAAUUCCUCGACGAUGAGAACGAUGAAAUUACCAGCUCUAGACGGUUGGUUGUACAAGGUGAUCUCGAGCCUGUUUCUACUGGAUUAUGCUGGGAGGAUCGGAAGAGGCAGAAUAGCCAUGUGGAGAUGAUGCCCUAUCGGAUGGAAAUUAUUAUUGACCCAACCCUCAGAUCCAUUGACCCCUUUUCCGCGGCUUAUUGGGCACCUCCAGUAAUGCAAACCACAUCAAUGGAACCCCCUCGUCACCCCCUCAAAUCCCUAUCAUUGGACAUCACCAUGAACUCCGUCGCCUCGCCCAAACCCGUCAAAUUCUUUUUCGCCCACGCUCCAGAAGUCACGCUAAAGCCUGACGCGCCAUCUAGCACUGCCGUCCCCUCCGCCCGAGGCCCGAAGCCCAAGGACGCCCAAGACGCCAGACCGAAGAAGAUGGUGCCUGACGAGGAUCUCCCGGCCUUCAGAGAGGCAGUCGCAGGCAGUGAUCUUAGCAAGGUUGGCUUGAUCGAGGUGCUGAAGAAGAAGUUUCCUGGUCGGCCGGCGGCGGCUAUCAAGGGGACUCUGGAGACGGUUGCUAUGCGGGUGGGACAGAAGGAGGUUGACAAGCGGUGGGUGCUGGUCUGA